AUUGACAGAUGUCACAAAUGCCAGAUUACAAUUUCACCAAAAGUUAAUUCAUUCCACUGAUAAGAUAAAAUAUUGAGUCAAACAUAAAUCAACAAUGAUCUCGAAUGUUUUCUCACAAGAAUCAAGGACUUCUGAUGCAAAAAUCCUCAACAAAUCGUAUCAUCCCUCUGAAACAAGGUUUUUAAGUUUCAUGUCACUGCCUCAGAACUCUAUCGUGACAGUUGCUGACAGCAAAUACGACAUUAUUUGUAAUUCUUUCGACCUGUGUUCCAAUUAGAUUUUAAGAGCUCUACGUAUAAUUUAAAAGUGUCGAAUGGACUUAAACAUCAACUAUUGGAUAUUGAAAUUGCAGUGGUUAAUAAAGCAUUCUUGUUAUCGGAGCCAAUAAGGACCUACGGGCAGAGGGGCGCUUGCCCCCUGCGCCCCUAGGAAAUACUGGCAGAAAUUCUAAAUCCUUCACGAAAUCCAACAAAUUAACAGCUGGACAAUGCCACUCAAGACUUUUACCUAAAUAAUUACCCAUCAAGUAAUGUGUUUUUAACUAAUCUAAGUGAAAGUGACUUUCUGUUUUCGUUCAACAAAUUGUGGACUCCGCGUACCGGAUGCGAGGGUAAGACAUUUGUGUCAAAACAAACAAUUUAGUGCCUCCCUAAAACUCGGAUAAUUUUAAUGUAGUGAAGAACUUAUAAUAUUAGUGAUGUUGAUGUAUACCAAAUUAACCUGCAUUUACAAUUCGCUUUAAGUAGAUACUAGCAUUUAGAAAUGAAUUGAAAGAACUUUUUCGUGUCCCAGUUCAAUCAAAAAAACGUAAUCAUGUGGAAUAUGAUGUGUGAUGUCAUGCCAACCAUCUCUGAAGAUAGCAUCAGCCAGAGAAGCUCACAGUUCUCUGGCGAAGAUGCUAAUUUCGAACAACUCAUGGUAUCAAUGCUGGACGAAAGAGAUAAAUUGAUGGAUAGUCUUAGAGAAACACAAGAAAGGCUAGGUGACACAGAAAUAAAAUUAGUUGAUGUAGAAAAAGAGCGAGAUUCAUUGCAGCGACAAAUAGCAGCUAAUUUACCUCAAGAAUUCGCCACUCUUACCAAGGAGCUCAAUUUGGCUCGAGAACAGUUACUAGAACGAGAAGAAGAAAUCACCGAGUUGAAAGCUGAACGCAAUAAUACCAGACUAUUAUUAGAACACUUAGAAUGUUUGGUGUCCAGGCACGAAAGAUCUCUUCGCAUGACAGUUGUCAAGAGACAAGCCGCAGCACAAUCAGGUGUGUCCAGCGAAGUGGAAGUCCUGAAGGCACUCAAGAGUUUAUUUGAGCAUCACAAAGCACUGGAUGAAAAAGUAAGAGAAAGACUUAGGAUAGCUUUAGAAAGAAAUUUAGCUUUAGAAGAAGAAUUAGCCCAAACCAAAGAAGAAUUGCAGCAAUGCAAGCUAGAGGGAAAUACCUCAACUGUACCUGCUAUAGAAGAUAGACCCAAAGAAAAUGGAGAAGUUGAACAUGUUGAAUCACAUUCGAGUAAUAGUAAUAAUAAGACCAUAAUCACGAAAUCCCGUACAUCCAAUGGAGGUGCAGAAAUAGAAUCAGAAAGCGCUGCCAGAAUCGCUGAUCUUCAGGCUGCAUUAGAACAACAAACAAACGAAAUGACAAAUUGGCAGAGGAGGGUAGCAGAAAUGCAAAAUCGUAUUGGUGAUCUUGAAGAAAAUUUGUCCAAAGCACAAAAAGAACUAUUGAAAGCCCAAGAUGCCAACGUUAAGUUACAAAGAGAUCUUCGAGAGAACGUAGCACAAAAAGAGGAUCAAGAAGAAAGAAUCGCCACUUUGGAAAAACGUUACCUCAACGCCCAGAGAGAAUCUACAUCUCUGCAUGAUCUCAAUGAGAAACUGGAGCAAGAACUGCAGCAUAAGGAGGCUCAAUUGAAGUUACAAGAAGAGAAGAUAUCGGCAAUCCAAGAGAAGUUAGAAUUGGCCGAACAGAAAAUAUCACAGUAUCCCAAAUUGCCAGAAAUGGAGGAGCAGUUGAAGCAGCGUUUGGAAGUUCUUUCUCAGACUCAAGAAAGACAUGGUUCUGCCGAAGAUAGAAUUCAACGUUUGGAAGCCAACUUGGAGGAGAAAAAUGCAGAAUUGGUGCGUCUAAACCAAAGACUGAAGAUGAACGAAGAACAUAAUUCAAGACUCUCUGCCACUGUUGAUAAGCUGUUGUCAGAAUCCAAUGAUAGAUUACAGGAUCAUCUGAAAGAACGCAUGCACGCUUUGCAAGAGAAGAACAGUUUGACGCAGGAAUUGGAUAAAACUAGAAAAUUGAUGGAAGAGAUGGAAUGCCAGAAAACUGAUAUAAUGAAGGAUUUAGCCAAGUCCAGGUUGGAAAUAGAUAAUGUUAAGAGGCAGAUGUUGCAACAAGAAAUAGCUUAUAAUAUUCAACAAACCGAUGCACUGACCCGUUCUUUAUCUCCUGAUAUAGCAGAUCCGAAUAACUUUACCAGAAGUACUAGUCAUUCCAGUUUCGAUUCUCGUUCUUUACCUAGAAGAUCUAACAAAACAAUAACUCCAGUAGAUGAAGAAACGAAGAUGCAAUUUGGUCCCAGAUCGAUGACUGAACACGAAUGGGAGAAACUUCAACAGGCUCACGUACUUGCCAAUGUACAGCAGGCCUUCGACGUGUCAAGUGAUGCCGAAGGGGACGACGACAGUUUAUUCAGUACUGCUGACAUAUUAUCACCAUCCGGCCACACAGAUGCCCAAACUCUUGCCAUGAUGCUUCAAGAACAGUUGGAUGCCAUAAAUAACGAGAUAAGAUUGAUACAAGAGGAGAAGGAGAACACGGAAGCCAGAGCCGAAGAAUUGGAGUCCAGAGUGGGAAGUAUGGAGCACAUGAAUUUGUUGAGCAGGGGAAGAAGUGUGGAUCGACAGAGUCCACCUCUUAGUGGAAGAUCGACGCCGAAAUCCCAUCAUUCUCCUCAAAGAGAUUACCUCCAUAAAUAUCAUACUCUGGACUUGGCCCCCCUUCCAUCCGAUAUGUCCAGGGAAGAUAUGCAUAUGGGUGACAGUAGCAGCGGUGGUGGAACAUCACCUCUCACUGCUAGAUCUAUGAAAUUGGAAAGGGUAGCUCAAGCGCUUGCACACAGCCAGGAAGAAUUGAGGAGCGUGUUCAGACAGGGUCUACAACAAACCCCUCCAUCUCCUCUGUCUUCUCAUCACAGCAGUCAAGAGAGUCUGCACAAGAACGCAGUCAUGGGUAUUCCUAGAGAUGUAUCUGCAGCUGCAGUAGCAGCUGCUCAGAAAAAGAAAGGUCUCAAGUCGUCCCUAGGAAGAUUCUUCAGUAAGAGAGAAAAAGCGAAAGGAAGAGAAGUGAUUGGUAACGAGAAUAUGGUAGCUCUUGGUCAAACCCCGGUUGGCAUUCCUGAUGGUGAAAUAAACGAUUUGAUGGGUAUGAUCGGUAAAUUGGGACAAGUGGCCGAUUUCGACAGAAGGCAGAAAAAGAAGGAACGUGAUUACAGGCACGAAUUGCUGGCAGAGGCGAUGAAGGCUGGAACUCCUUUCGCAUUAUGGAACGGACCAACUAUAGUGGCUUGGUUAGAAUUAUGGGUAGGAAUGCCGGCUUGGUAUGUGGCAGCUUGCAGGGCGAAUGUGAAAUCUGGAGCGAUUAUGAGUGCUCUAAGCGACACCGAAAUCCAGAGAGAAAUAGGUAUAAGCAAUCCACUUCAUAGACUGAAACUGAGGUUAGCCAUACAGGAGAUGGUAUCGCUCACUUCUCCAUCAGCUCCGAAAACAUCCCGUACAACACUGGCGUUUGGUGAUAUGAACCAUGAAUGGAUAGGAAACUGUUGGCUGCCUGGAUUGGGUCUUCCUCAAUACCGUACCACAUUCAUGGAGUGUCUGGUUGAUGCCAGAAUGUUGGAUCACCUAACCAAAAAGGACUUGAGGGGUCAGCUCAAAAUGGUUGAUAGUUUUCAUCGAACUAGUCUACAGUAUGGCAUAUCAUGCCUUAAAAGGUUGAACUACGACCGGAAGGCUUUAGAAGAAAGAAGGAAAAAUUGUGAAAAUACUUUAUCAGAUGUAUUAGUGUGGACAAAUGAAAGAUUAAUCAAAUGGGUGGUUAAUAUUGGCUUGAAAGAAUAUGGUAAUAAUUUAGUGGAAUCAGGUGUACAUGGAGCGCUUAUCGCUUUAGAUGAAAGUUUCGAUGCUAACAGUAUGGCACUCUCUUUGCAAAUCCCUACCCAGAACUUUCAGUCCAGGCAAACAUUAGAAUAUGAAUUUAAUAAUUUACUUCAAACUGCUACUGAACGACGCUUAGAAGGAAUGGUGCAGUCCUGAUUUACAGUUGUCUCCCGCUAAAGAAGAAAGACCAUGUAGUGUUCUGCUGCGUUCAUUCUUAUGCAGCCUGUGCUACCUCUCCUUUGUCGACAUAGGAUAUAUGUUAUGUUGUAUGUAAUAACAUAUUAUAUAUAUAUAUUCAAAAAUAUAUAUAUAUAUAUAUACAUAAUAUAAUAUAAAUAUUACACGUCGUUUGUAAAAAAAAUUAAACUAUGUAUUAAUGGCAAAUCGUGUUAUUUGUUUGAUUAAACAAAGAAAAAGUUU